CGCCCCCUCCUGGCCCUCGUAGUUCCUCCUCGGGGCCCCUGCAUACAUUUCACUAUGGCUAAGACUUGUUAUGAAUGUACGGAGAAGAACCCGGCGCACAGCCUCUGCACCAAGUGUAACAAGUGGUUGUGUAGUACCUGCGCCGAGCAGCACCGGCACGGCAAGGCGUCCGGGGAGCAUUACCUGGCGGCAUCACAGAGAGGAAGCGAAGGAUCCAGUAACCACCUGAUCUGCCCGAUCCACAGCCAGGAACCGCUGAAGCUAUUCUGUGAAUCCUGCGACGUCCUGAUGUGUCGCCACUGCCUGGUCCUGGAGCACAAGGAUCACAGGUUCCGCAGACUGGAUGAAGCUUUACAGAACCAGCGAGUCUUGUUGGAAAAUGUUAUAACCCAAGUGGAAGAGAAGAAAAUCGUUGUCCAGGCGGCCGGGAAACAGAUCGAGGAGCGGUUGUAUGAGUUAAAGCACAUGCACCGGAAGGUGGAGAAUCAGAUAAAGAUGACGAAGAUGGUGAUAAUCAACGAGCUGAACAAGAGGAUGAACUCGAUGCUGGAGCAGCUGGAGAAAAUAACCAGUGAGAAGCAGCAGAAGUUCGAGCAGCAGCUUCAGUCAGUUCUUCUGCUCAAUCGGCAGCUGGAACAUGUGCAGAACUUUGUGAACUGGGCCAUGUACAGCAAGAACAGCGUCCCCUUCCUCUUCAGCAAGGAACUGAUUGUUUUCCAAAUGCAGCGACUUCUGGAGACGAGCUGUGGAAGCGACUUUGGACGACCCCUGAAGAUGAAGUUCAGCUGGGAGCCAUCUUUUUGGACAAAGCAAAUCUCCAACCUAGGUUGUAUACUGACUGACACUGUCCACUUACCUCCUUCUGAAGUGCCCACUUAUGGACCUAUAGAAGAUGUCCAGUCACCAUAUUACCAGGCUCACCACCCUGUCCCCGCCACCCAUUUAGCCACCAUCAGUAGUUCGCAGAGCUAUGCGCCCACUGUCCAGUGCCCGACCCCGGUAUGCUGCGCCCACUGCCACACGCUGCCAUCCAUCACUAAGAGCCAAACCGCCAACAGCACGGUCAGCCACCACAUGAACUUCACCCACUCCACAACCGUCAAGCAGCAGGUGGUCCAGCCCAUACAGUACAGCUCUGGGAAGGAGCAGAAAUGUCUGUCCCGUCCUCUACGAGUCAUUCAACCAUGGCUGCCUAACCCACCCCCUCCAUCAGAACCGGAGACCUCCCCUUACUGGUCGGACAAUCAGCAGCAGCAACGAGCCGCCAUCCAGCCCCCCAUACAGAAUGUGGCCCCUGUGGCCCCUAUAUGUUCUGUGACAUCGCAGGACUUCAGCCAGGUGCACACCGCCAUCCCACUGAAUACGGCAACACCAUUACCGGCCACCUCCGUACAGAUGCAGCUGGGCCCAAUGCACAGUGUCCAGCAACAGAGACACUCAAACCAAAGCCAGACGACAGUGUGCCCGCCGGAGCCCGGACAGGAGCCGGUCAUGCACCACAGUCUGGACCUCAUCAACCAACAGUUUGAGCUGGAACAGAUGCAGAAAGGACUAGAACUUCUCCUUCAGAGCCAACCAUCCAAUGUCCAGCUGAACCAGAGCAAACAGCCCCAGCACGUGCAGCAAACCAUAGUGGGGCAAAUCAACUACAUCGUACGACAACCGGCGGCACUGCCCCUGCAGAGCCAAGAAGAGGUCCCGCAGGUCUGCGAGGAGCCCAUCUCCCCCGGGGGCCACACUGUUGACUUGUCCCCGGUGGCCGCUCACUCUCCUGGGAUCCCCCAGUCACAGUCUAUUGCUGAUGAGAUCAUUGCGGCAGUGGAGAGCGACGCGUGCCGGAGGAACCAGCUCUCUGCAAACCCUGCACGGAAGCGUUCAGCCUCUGAAAGUUUCUCGAAUUCUCCAGAACCAGAGUUAUCGUCCCCCAGGCUGUCCCGUUCCGUGGACCCCCAAAUGCAAGGGGUGCCCUGCCAGUUCUUCAGCCAGCCCCCGCCGGAGCGGUGUUACAGCGCCGAAGGAGAGACGGAGAGGAUGGCUGCCUAUGGCGCUGUAGAAGCAGCUGUCGCUGAGGAGAUGCACUUAGAGCCCAACAAUCACCUAGCAACAGGGGGCGCUCUCCUGGGAAACGCAAUAUGUAAGAUAGAAAAUGAGAAUUUCAGCUGCAGUGGUCCCCCGCCCCCACCACCGCCGCCACCGCUACCACCUGACAGCACUGUGGGGAGCGCACUGGGGGACAUGGUGCUGCCGCUGGACAAUAUGUUUGAGGAGCCAAUAAAUCUCUGCAUUAAGAAGAACUUCCCUCCCGAUCCAUCCACAGCCCCCCGGAGAGACCCCGCACCCCCCCAGAGCGUCAUCAAGGAAAUAAAGAACGAGACAGAUACAGAGAAUCGCUUCCAGAAGGAGAAACAACAGGACAACACGAGCAGGUCAGAACCAAAAGAAACCAAGAUCCCGUACGUGCGCCUGGAGCGUCUGAAGAUCUACCCCCCGCCCUCCGGGGAGCUCCCCGUCUUUAAGGUGCAGCCGCAGACCAAGGACGAGGACGGAUCUCUGCGCCUGCUGGUUAAAUAUGGCGCCCGAUAUAAAAGCAUGUCCAUAAAGGUGAAUGCAGACAAUUCGUCCUCCUCCGCAGAGAUCUCCCCGCACCCUACAAUCCCGUAUGGCUCUGACCACGUCCCGCCGGCCGCUGCCCAUCCCGUCCCUGCGCCGCCGCCUCAUCCUUUCCCUCGGAUCCAGUCCUACACGGGGGGAUCUCAGGAGAUCAAACACAUAGUGGAGCCGGAGCCUGAGCCCCCCCAAGAGUGCAAAAUGAGCUCCGCGCCCCCCAAAAAAACGGAUCACAUCGAGAACGAGGAUUUCUGCGCCGUGUGUCUGAACGGCGGCGAGAUGCUCUGCUGCGACACCUGCCCGAAGGUUUACCACUUGUCCUGCCACGUGCCGGCCCUCCUCAGCUUCCCGGGCGGUGAAUGGGUGUGUACGCUGUGCAGGAACCUGAACAAGCCAGAAGUGGAGUACGACUGCGACAAUACGCGAUACAGCCGCGAGAACAAGAUCGAAGAGGGAAUGUUACCGCAUCUGGACGCCGUGGACGAGAGGAGGUGUGAGAAGCUGGUGCUGUCCUUGUACUGUAAUAGUCUCAGCGUCCCCUUCCAGGAACCGGUCAGCCCCGUAGCACGUCACUAUUACCAGAUUAUAAAGAGGCCCAUGGACCUGUCAAUCAUCCGGAAGAAGCUUCAGAAGCGCCACAUCCCUCAUUACUCCGCCCCCGAGGAGCUGGUGUCUGACAUAAGGCUCAUGUUCUGGAACUGUGCCAAGUUUAAUUAUGAGGACUCAGAGGUUGCGGAGGCCGGAAGGAACCUGCAGAUGUGUUUUGAGAACAUGUUAAAAGAAACAUAUCCGGGCCGGACGUUCCCCUUCCCACAAGACGAGGACUCUGAGACGGAGGAAAUCGGGGCCGAGAACUGUCCCCUCAACCUAAAGAACUUCCAUUGGCCGAACUAUGGGCCGGACUGUGUGCAACCCAAGAGGAGAAGACGCCACCCCAUGGGCCAAAAGACCAGGGACUUCAACCUCUGCUAGAUGGAGCCCGUCAGCAGGCAGCCUGUCAACGGACGUCCAACCUGUCAGAGGGUGCUGUCACCAGACGUCCAACCUGUCAGAGGGUGCUGUCACCGGACGUCCAACCUGUCAGAGGGUGCUGUCACCAGACGUCCAACCUGUCAGAGGGUGCUGUCACCAGACGUCCAACCUGUCAGAGGGUGCUGUCACCAGACGUCCAACCUGUCAGAGGGUGCUGUCACCAGACGUCCAACCUGUCAGAGGGUGCUGUCACUGGAUGUUUAACCUGUCAGAGGGUGCUGUCACCAGACGUCCAACCUGUCAGAAGGUGCUGCCACUGAUCAUCCAACCUGUCAGAGGGUGCUGUCACCGGAUGUCCAACCUGUCAGAGGGUGCUGUCACUGGAUGUUUAACCUGUCAGAGGGUGCUGUCAGCAGACGUCCAACCUGUCAGAAGGUGCUGCCACUGAUCAUCCAACCUGUCAGAGGUUUCUGCCACCGACCAUCCAACCUGUCAGAGGGUUCUGCCACCGACCAUCCAACAUGUCAGAGGGUGCUGCCACUGACCAUCCAACCUGUCAAAGGGUGCUGCCACCGACCAUCCAACCUGUCAGAGGGUGCUGCCACCGACCGUCCAACCUGUCAGAGGGUGCUGCCACCAACCGUCCAACCUGUCAGAGGGUGCUGCCAUCGACCGUCCAACCUGUCAGAGGGUGCUGCCACCGACCGUCCAACCUGUCAGAGGGUGCUGCCACCGACCGUCCAACCUGUCAUAGGGUGCUGCCACCGACCGUCCAACCUGUCAGAGGGUGCUGCCACCGACCGUCCAACCUGUCAGAGGGUGCUGCCACCGACCGUCCAACCUGUCAGAGGGUGCUGCCACCGACCGUCCAACCUGUCAAAGGGUGCUGCCACCAACCAUCCAAGCUGUCAGAGGGUGCUGCCACCGACCGUCCAACCUGUCAGAGGGUGCUGCCACCGACCGUCCAACCUGUCAGAGGGUGCUGCCACCAACCGUCCAACCUUUCAGAGGGUGCUGCCACCGACCGUCCAACCUGUCAGAGGGUGCUGCCACCAACCGUCCAACCUGUCAGAGGGUAAUGCAACCAACCAUCCAACCUGUCAGAGGGUGCUGCCAGCCGGAGCUGCAAUGUAUCGACUACAUGGACAUCUACAGUGCGAAGAGCAGAGGAUAGCCCACCGCCAUGACAGGCAUCUACACAUUGGACUAUUGUAAUAUAUUGUGAUAUUCUGCAUUGGACAGAGAGAUGUAGGAACGGUCUCAAUUCCUUCUCAGAGCGGUCACGUCUCCUACAGAGACAUUACAUCAUAUGUGAUAUCAGCCGCUCCUCUU